AUGAUGCUCCAUGGGACCAUGUCUCUCACCUGGCAGAGGAUCCUUGUGAUCAAGCUUUUGGCAUCUGCUCACAUGCUCACUUUGCUUUGCCUAGCAUUUGAGAAACUCCCUCCCCCCCAAAUUUGAACCCUAGCGCAAGAUCUAAACAAACCUCCUCCUGAUUCAGCACUGACAGCCACCAGAGGCUGUCCCUCAUUCAAGAUCUCAUCAAAAUACUAUGCGAUCUAACAACACCUUCUUGGAAACUUCAAGGUGUUGUUAAUGGGGGACAGAGAUGAUUAAGGGGCAACAGUUCAAUCAGACAUCCACACAGUGGUUUAUUCCUUUGGACAUGGUUGCGACGAGUUGGCGGUGGACCAACGUGCGCAUUUAUGCUAGUGACAGAGAUUAAAGUCUGAUGUCACAUGGGAGGACGGUGGGAGGAUCGCCGCGGAUGCAGAAGAAAUUGAGCGAGAGUGAAUGAAUCAGCGCAGCUGAUGAAGCUGAAAGCGAAAAAUACCAGCUCCCCCACAGAUCUGGAGCGUGGAGUGUCUCAGACCUGACCUCCCUCCGUUGUGGUUUGUAGAUUGUAAGUUUCAGAAUUGAACUUGGGGAAAGCAAACAUUGAUCUAGAAAAUGCAUCAGGGCAGUCUGAAAUCGGCUGUUCGCCGAUCAUUAAGCAGGUCUCUUCUAUUGCCCUCUGUUGAUGAUAAUGAAACAAUCCAGACUAGAGCAAAUGGGAAGGCCAAAGUUACGGCUGCCGUUGGGUCUAUAUCGGCAAGAGCUCACCAAGGCCGAGAUCCAACUCCUGCAAAGGGCAACGAAGAAGAAGAAAAGGCCUUGGCCUACAGAAACAGCAGUGAUUUUCAGCUUAUGCAGGUGUCCAGAGAAGCUCACAAAUUGACCCAGAUGAUUGAUUCAUGGUCAAUGGCUAGGCAUGUUGGGGGUAGUUCUGAAUUUUUCGCAGAAGAUCUUCUUAGAGGUGCAAUAGGUCUGCAGGAGUCACUGGACAUGCUCAAAAAGCUUCAGGAUGUAUCAAAGAAAGUGCCUCAGGUGAGUAAUAAGCAGAAACAGAAUAUCGUGGACAAGAGAUACGAAAAGAUGUCGCCACAAGAAUUCGGCUAUGAAGGAUUCAGAGUUGGUGAUUACCAAAGAAGAAUCUGUGAGCCACGAGUUUCAUCUGAUGACUUUUCGAGAAGUUGCAUUGAAGAGCUGAAACAAGUCAUCAAAGAGAGUCUUCACAAGCAAAAUAUAAUGUUUGAUGAUGAUGAUAAGAAUUCCUCUAGUAGAUCAAUGCAAUACAGUGCAAUUAGUAAUUUGGAGGAUAAGUUCCUUCGACAAAACAUGGAGCCACUUAAUUCUUCUGGGCAACCAAAGAAAGCUAGAUCUUCAAAUCUAGUUGCUAAGCUUAUGGGCUUGGAAGAAACCCCUUUGAAAACUAUUCAACCUGUCAAAAAAAAAGAAAAGAACUUUGUGAGCCCACCGAGGCCUAGGUUUGAUAUAGAAAUGCCUAAAGCAAGGAAGUCACACUUUCUUGUUCAGAAUAACGAACAACAAGACAACAGACUAGAUAACCUCGUCGAGACUAUGCAUUUCAAAGGACUUGUGAAGCGAAGCCAUAUUGAAGAAAAAGGACUUGUGAAGCGAAGCCAUAUUGAAGAAAAAGGACUCGAGCCGACGUUCUUUAGUACUGAAGAACUGGAACAAUGCGGGAGAAACUUACAAAGGGUUGAUCAGCUGCCACCAAUUGUGAUAAUGAAGCCUCUGCAUUGGCACGGCCGGGAUAACAAUGUCCAGAAUGAAACUCUUGCGAAUGCCUUGAUGCAAGAUAAGAUCCAAGAAAUUAAAUUGGUCAAGGAGAAUAAUAGACCGGAUUAUCAUAAACAUAUUUUAGCCGAGAAGCAAGAACUGAAAGAAUGGAAGCAUAUGGAGAGGCAUGUCGCUAAAACAUUACCCUAUUAUGUUGACAACAAACAGCAAAGGAAAAAGGUGAUUGUUACUCAGAAGCUGAACAGCAAGGAGACAAAACCGGCAAGACUAAAUAUGAAGCAGCAGGAAGAUAAGGGAGUUCAAGCAACAAGGAACAAAGUGCUUAAUCCUAAGACUUCUAUGGUGCAACUGAAGCAUAAUGGAGAACCACAACAUCAGGAUCCCAAGUCUCAUUACAGAACCACAGCAAAAGCAAUCACCAAUUCUUCAAAAGAUACAGCAGCCAAGUCAGGAGUAAAAGCAACUAGGAGAGCUGCCAUUGCCAUUUCUGCAAAUGAGGACACGAAAUGCAAUGAGAGUGACACUGCAAUUAAACAUUGCAUCAAGGUGAAUGAUAUUCUAAAAGCUGUGUGUGGUUCCAAUGGCAGCAUACUCGUCGAGCAGAUGAAUAAAGAAAAAAAGUCCUCAAAUUCAGCUGCAGAUAACCUGAACAAAGACCCUGAAAUAUUUGCCGAGGCUAUACCGAAGACCAACCAUGACAUACAAAUUUCUAAAUUAAAAGAAAUCGUUGAGCUACCUGAUUGCAAGAAAGUUGGAGUAGAGUCCACUGUAGGAGAUGAGCUCAAGAGUGUUCUUCUGAGCAGCCAAUCAUUUCUGAGCUGUGUAAAGAAGCUAUUCGGUGUUGAUGCUACUAGAUCUAUCAACUAUCAGAAAGAAAGUGCAAGCAUGGAUAGGAAAAUACACUCUAAGCUAUACCUAGACAUUUCAGAGGAGCUAAUGGCACGGAAAUACCUCCAGUUGAAGAAUACAUUUCAUCCCUUGAUGCAAGCCCAAUCAUGGGGGAGGAUAACAUACUUCUCCAUUGACAAAUUGGUGGAAGAAAUUAAUAAAGAGAUCAGCAAAUUGGCAAGCUACAGUGAACUACAGAGUAUUGAUGCUUGUGAAGGUAGCCUCUACAUAAGUUUGGAGAGAGAGCUGACGUCGAAGGAUACUAUCAUAAAUUCUGUAUGGGAUAUCGGAUGGGACUGUUGGAUAUGCUUCGAAGAGGCGGACCAAGUUGUUGAUGAGGUUAGCAAGCAAAUAUUUUCUCGGCUCAUUGAGGAGGCUGCACUGGAGUUGACACAAGAUUGCAUCUAGUGAACUAUCUUUUACACAUAAUCUCUAGUUGCUGUUUCUACUAUGAAGAACAUUGAUGUGCUGAUUGUACAGGGCAAAUCAAGUGUUACACAGAAUUUGUCCUUUUUGUGUUUUUCUUGCAUAUAGAGAUUGAUAUAUAAUGAUCGAUGAAUUAAAGGUUA